AUGCGCAUCGAAACCCUCUGGCAGCUCGCCGCUCUCGCCGCCCUCACCGGCCUCGGCCACGCAACAUGUCCGGUCGGCGGUGACACUUCCAUCAUCGCCAACACCGGCACUCCCGUCGGCACAACGGAAGUUCGCAAUAACAUAACACUCUACAUCACCCGCCCACCCUCAAAGUCCUGCUCCGCGCCCGCCCACCCAAACACCGCAAUCCUCUACCUAACCGACGUCUUCGGCCUCGCCCUCCCCGAGAACCUUCUCCUCGCCGACUCAUUCGCCCGCGCCGGCUACCUCACCGUCGCACCGGACCUCUUCAAUGGCUCCCCCGCCCCCGGCGACAUCAACGUCCCUGGCUUCAACACGACCCUUUUCCUCUCACAACACGGAACCAACGCCACUGACCCAAUCAUUGCCUCCACCAUCUCUUACCUCCGCUCUUCGUUGAAUGUAACCCGCAUCGGCGCAGUAGGCUAUUGUUUCGGCGGGAAGUACGCCUUCCGCUUCCUCGAUGACUCUCUUUCUCCUGAGCAAAGGGUAGACGCAGCGUUCACUGCCCACCCCAGUCUUCUGGAGGAUGAGGAGAUUCUGGCCAUCCAAGGGCCGGUGUCAGUAGCACAGGCAGAGAAUGACAGUAUGCUGCUGCCCAAGAGGAGGGCGGAGAUCGAGGCGCUGCUGAAGCAGACGGGGAGGGAGUACAUGGUUAGUUUGUACUCGGGUACGCCGCAUGGGUUUGCGGUUAGGGCGGAUGUGAGUAAUGGGGAACAGAGAUUUGCGAAGGAAAGCGCGUUUUUGCAGGCGGUUAGGUGGUUUGGGGAGUUUCUGUGA